CCUACUGAGAGGACGAAAGAAAGAGACAGAUAGAAGGGGGGGCAGAAAGAGAAACAACACCAUCACUUUCUCUCCAAGUCUGAGAUCAGAUCGUAUCAGCCUCUCUCUUUCUCUUUCUCUUUCCAUCAUCCCCUGCUCUUUCGCCCCCCUCUUCCCCCUCUUCCCUCCCUCCGAUUCGGCAGGAAACCGUAGACCGUAGAAUGAUCACUGCGGAUGGGGGCAGAAAGCCCAGCGCAUCCAUCCUCCCUCAAGAAGGGGGGGCGCGGCAUGGCUUGGCCAAUAAUUGAAUCUUGCACCCUCCCCUUAUCCCCUGAUCCGAUUGAUUAUUCUUCUUCUCGAAUGGUUCAGAGAGUCAUCUCUCUUAGCACCUCCCCCCCGAGAUCUGCAGGCCUGAUGAGCUCAGCAGAGCCUCGCAGAUGGGGAUGUGGCAUGUUUGAAGGGGAAAGAGAGGGAGGUGUGUGUGUGUGUGUGUGUGUGUGUGUGUGUGUGUGUGUGUGUGUGUGUGUGUGUGUGUGUGUGUGUGGAUUCAGAUAGGAUUGGGGGGUUGGGUGGAGGAGGAGAGGAUGAUUGAUGGAGAACGA